GGAGGAAGAGGUGGAGGAGGGGGAGCUCACACUGGAAAGGGGACAAGAGGAGGAGGAGACCAGGACUCCAACCCACGAGGAGCGGAGAAGAACCCCAAGAACACGUUGGUGAAGCCCCCCUACUCCUACAUCGCCCUGAUCACCAUGGCCAUCCUGCAGAGCCCCAAGAAGAGACUGACCCUCAGCGAGAUCUGCGAAUUUAUCAGCAACCGCUUCCCUUACUACAGGGAGAAGUUUCCAGCCUGGCAGAACUCCAUCCGACACAACCUGUCCCUCAAUGACUGCUUUGUGAAGAUACCUCGAGAGCCUGGCAACCCGGGGAAGGGCAACUACUGGACCCUUGACCCCGAGUCGGCUGAUAUGUUUGACAAUGGCAGCUUCUUGAGGAGGAGGAAGAGGUUCAAGAGGCAGCAAAGUUCUGAGAUCUUGAGGGACCCCAGCAGCUUCAUCCCAGCCUUUGGAUAUGGACCCUAUGGCUACAACUAUGGGCUCCAGCUGCAGAACUACCACCAGCACCACCAUCACCACCACCACCACCCAGGUACCACCUUCCCCUUCCAGCCCACUCCCUGCCCUCUACCCACCGUCACCUCGGUCUUCUCCAGCCCUUCCUUGCCUGGAUUCAGCAGCGACUUGGGCAGGAAGUCCUUCUAUUCCCAGCUCAGCCCCACCUUGCCCAUUCUUCAGACUCUGAAAGCGGACUCCCAAAGUCGGCCGUCCUUCUCCAUAGACAAUAUCAUCGGCCCGACCACUCCACAAUCCACCCCGACGUCGCCUUACACGACUCAACCUGGGAGCCAAGCCCAGGUCAUAGCCAUGUUAACCCCUUCCCUGGGCCCCCUACAGAACCAUUUAAACUUGGCACAUGAGAACGUCCUACAGACUCCUCAGGACUUUCCUGGGAAAAUCACAAAUCUUAACAGCUGUCAUUUUUAG